AUGGCGGGAAUACCACCGCCUCAAGUCUCUCGCCUGGACUUUCUGAAACAAAAACCACCCGCAAACUACGUCGCCGGCAUCGGCCGAGGCGCGACUGGGUUUACCACUCGGUCUGACAUAGGUGGCGCGGUGAAACAAACCGCCGCUGGGAAAGUGACUUUGGUGAGUGGUGGAGGAGCAGGUGGAGGAGGAGGAGGAGAGGAAGAAGACGAAGGCGACGAUACCGACCAAAAGAAUAGAAGGAGAGGUACGAACGACGACGCGGGUUUGUUCGCCAAGGAUAAAAACGAUGGCUCGUACGACGAGGACGACGAGGAAGCGGAUCGGAUAUGGGCCGCCGUCGACGCGUUUUGCGAGCCGGACGAGAGGACGCGAGCGAAGAAGGAAAAGAUGCGACGCGAACGGCGAGAGGAGAAGAACGAUAGGGUGAAAGAUAAGACGAUUAAAGAUCAGUUCGCGGAUUUGAAGAGGAAACUGAGCGAAGUGAGCGAGGAAGAGUGGGAUCAGAUUCCAGAGAUUGGAGAUUAUAGCGUUAAGAAGUCAAAGGCGUACGAACGUUUCACGCCGGCGCCGGAUACGUUGUUAUCGGCGGCGUUGAAAGAACGAGAGACGGUAAAUACGGACGAAGAUCACGAGCGAGGAGGUGAUGGAACGAGCACGGAUUUAACCGCGGUCGGGGAGGCGAGAGGUUUAGGAUUGGGAUUGAAAUUAGACGGUUUGCAACAACAAUCGCAAGAUAGUCAAAACGGGUCAUCUACGGUCGAUCCGAGAGGGUAUUUAACCUCUCUGUCGUCGUUGAAAAUUAACUCGGCGGCGGAAAUUUCGGAUAUUAAGAAAGCGCGCUUGCUUUUAAAGUCGGUGAUAAACACGAACCCAAAGCACGCGCCCGGGUGGAUCGCAGCAGCUCGGUUGGAAGAGAUUGCCGGGAAAUUGAAAGCGGCGAAAGAUCUCGCGAGGAAAGCGUGCGAGGCGUGCCCGAAAAGCGAAGACGCGUGGAUCGAAGCCGCUCGUUUACACGGCACGGAAUCUGAUCAAGGGAAAGCGAUAUUAGCAUCGGCGGUUGAAUCGUUGCCAAACUCUGUCGCGAUUUGGAUGCGAGCGGCGCAAGCGGAAAAAGACGAGGAUCGCAAGAGAAGAGUUUUAAGGAAAGCGUUAGAAAACGUUCCGAAUUCUGUCCGAUUGUGGAAAGCGUUGGUAGAUUUAUCCGAAGAAAACGACGCGAGAGCGUUAUUGCAAAGAGCCACGGAGUGCUGUCCACAACACAUCGAGUUAUGGCUCGCACUAGCUCGAUUAGAGUCUUACGACAACGCGAGGAAAGUUUUGAACAAAGCGAGAGAAACGUUACCGACGGAACGCGCGAUUUGGGUCACCGCGUCGCGGUUAGAAGAAGCCAACGGGAACGGCAAAAUGUGUCAAAAAAUUAUCGACCGGGCCAUCAAGUCUUUGCGAGGUAAAAACGUGAAAAUUGACCGAGAGUUAUGGAUGAAAGAAGCCGAGACGUGCGAGAAGAGCGAGCCGCAAUCGCUGGAAACGUGUCGCGCGAUUGUCCACGCGGUCAUUGGCGAAAACGUGGACGAAUUAGAUCAAAAGCUCACGUACGCUGCAGAUGCGUCCGAGUUUGAAAAGAAUGGCUCGUUUGAAGUCGCGCGAACGAUUCGUAAGAAACUCAUCGAGGUUUUUCCGGAAGACGUGGAAAUCUGGAUCGACGCCGCGACGCUGGAGAAGAAUUGCAAAAAUUUCAAAGGCAUGGACCAAGUCUUACGAGAGGCGACGACGAAACUUCCGAACGAGGAAAUUUUGUGGCUCAUGGCGGCAAAAGAGCGAUGGUUACAAGGCGACGUGACGGGCGCGCGAACGGUAUUAGAGGAGGCGUUUUCUGCAAACCCAGAAAACGAGGACAUUUGGUUGGCGGCGUUCAAGUUAGAAUUUGAAAACGAAGAGUUGGAACGCGCGAGUUUACUCUUAAAAAACGCGCGCAAUCGAGAAGGCGGUGACAAGACGAAUUCCGCUCGCGUGUGGAUGAAAUCUGCGGUGUGCGCUCGACAAAUGAACGACGCCGAGGAAGAACGCGAGGUGUUGAAGAAAGGCCGGGCGUUGCACCCGAAGUUUUGGAAACUCUGGAUCAUGUCCGGUCAACUCGAAGAGAGAGAAAAGAAGUACGCCGAGGCGAGAAAAAUAUACGAUUUAGGAUUAAAGAAAUGUCCAGACUCUUCGCCGAUGUGGAUCGCUAAAGCGCGAUUGGACGUGUUGGAAAAGAAGUUUGGUUUAGCGCGAGCGACGUUGGAGCAGGCGCGAUUGAAGAACCCGAAAAUUCCAGAGGUUUGGCUCGAAGCCGUCGCGGUGGAGAAACAGCUCGGCGAACACACCGCCGCGUCCGCGUUAUUAGCGAGAGCCCUUCGCGAGUGUCCGAAGUCCGGUAUUCUCCACGCCGAAGCCAUCAAAUCUGCGCCUCGCCCGCAGCGCAAAGCUCGUUCUGUGGAUGCACUCAAAGCGUGCGACGACGACCCAGACGUCGUCUGCGCCGUCGCGCGCCUCUUCUGGAACGACCGCAAAUUAGACAAAGCCCGCGCCUGGUUCAACAGAGCCGCCACGUUACGCCCAGAAGACGGCGACGUGUGGGUCCGCUACUACGCCUUUGAAAAGUCUUUAGAAGACGACGCUGCUGAGGGUAAUCUCAACGCCGUCGCCAAAAAAGUCUCCUCGAAGAAAGCAUCAUUCGCCGACGCGAAAAGCUCGCCCAAAGAAGACGUCCUCGCUCGCGCCGCCAAAGCGAAUCCGAACCGAGGUCGAUACUGGGCGCCCGCGCGUAAAGAUUUCCAAAAUUGGCGCGACUCUGUCGAAGAAACCACACUCAAAGUGUUGGCGAAGAUGGAAAGCGAGGGUGAGUUUUCGAGUUAG